AACCUAAAGAUAUAUUUGCUAAAGCUCAUAUAAAUACUUGCGCUGUUGAGUUAGAACACAGUAUUGAACCCUAUGCUAAAGCUCAUAUUGAUAAUAACGUUGUAGGAUCAGGACACACCUUUGAAAAUUGUAUAGAUAAUAGCGUUGUGGAGCCAGGACAUACCUUCGCAACUUUCGCUAAAGCACGUGCAACAAUAGAAAAAUAUGCUGCGCAAACAAAGACUGUUAUAAUUUUGGGUAAAACAACAAGAAAUACAGAUAAUAGUGGUUAUCAGCAAGCUCUUUUUGUAUGUGAAAGGCAAGGAAAAUACAACGGAACAAAUGAUUCUUCCUUGGUGCAUAAUCAUAAGCUUUGUUCAGAUGCCGUAAAAUUUAGCACUGUUGUGCGCAAACUUGAUAAGGAUGAUCUUGGCUUAAUAGAAAGCCUUCAUGAUAACGGACUUAGGACAAAAGAUAUUUUUUCUGUACUAGCUUCAGUUAGCUCCAAAUAUAUUCACAAACCUGAUAUCUAUAAUACUGUGAGCCAUCAGCGAUAUGCUGUAUUAAAAGACGUAUAUGGUACUGAAUGGGAUCAAGAUGGUGAAUUUGUUCAGGGAGUUUUUUGGGCGUAUUGUAGUGCAUUCUCUGAGUUCGUAAUAGCAAGAGAUGUUUUAAUUGUGGAUGCAACAUACAAAACCAACAGAUUUUCUAUGCCAUUAAUAGUCAUUUGUAGUAUUGAUCAUUUUGGAUCUACUUAUCCAUUGGCAUUCGCACUUGUUUACUCUGAAACAAAGGAUUAUUAUUGUUGGGUUAUGCAACAGUUAA